UCCCAACCCCACGGCCCACGGCGCAGAGCGUGCGGCAUACUGCUCGCGCCGCCUUCCUCUCGCUCCCGCGCCGGCGCUCACCCUCCGUCGCGCGAGAGGGCAAGGCAACGCCGCUGCUCAGUGCUGCCUUCGUUCUCUCUCCCCUUUCCUCCCGUGUGAGAUCCUCCAUGCCGAUGUGGAUUCCUUGCUGUCCAUCGACGGUUUUCCGAGCUUGGGGGGAGGAGAUGAAGAACAACUCCGUUUCGGAUCCGGCGUCCGUGUCCGAUUCUCUUCUCGAUCGGAUCCCACACCCACACACCACACCCGCCGCCACACAGCGAGAGGAGCAGAGGAAUUAAGCAGAGUGUUGGAAAGGAACAAGGAAUAAUACGGCGGCCCGGAGAUGAAGUCCGGCAAGCCGCCGACGGCGGGGGUCCGCGUAUUCGGCGGGCUACGCUACGCUCCGCUGGAUGGCAUGGUCGUCGACAACCCUCUACUGGCCGCCCUCAUCCGAGCUGUUUACACCUUGUACAUGGCUACGACGGUGCUUCUCUACAUUUUUGGCAUGGUUACUGCUCUCAAGGAAUACGAAUUGUUAGUGCCACUGUCCAUAAUUGUAGUCAUGCAGCCCUUCUUCAUAUUGAUGUGGAUUGCAGCACCAUUCCUUAGGACUGUAGCAAUUGUGAAAUAUGCGAUGGGGCUCCCUGAUGGUAACAACGUCAACAGAAUUCCAACAGGAAGGAUGUCAGCCCUAGCCUAAACAAAGUGUGCCUAAGCAGGGUUCUUCAAGUUUAUCAUAAUUGUGCCCUCUUUAGAAAUAGGCCACUUCUAGUUGCCGUCUUCUUUAGAAGACUUUUAGAUUUAGGUGUGUAUUCUAUUAGAAUAUAUCUUAAAGCAACUUUGUAUGUUUCUAUUAGUUAUAUGAUGCUUCAUGGUUCUUUUGUAGUGAGUUUCAUGGUUUCUGCUUUCUCGCUUGUAAUGUGUUGAUUCUUUUGAUUUUGGAGAAUAAAAACCACCGGUUCCUUUUAUUUAUCUGUGCAACAUUUGUACAUCCGUAGAGGCAUUUUUGCAGACUUAUCCAGCCACCGGGGCUUCUCUAUUCCUAAUUCCAAUAGGCUGCCAAGCCAGAUCGACAAGCCGUGAUUUGAGUCUGGUGCUACAAUGUCGUGCAGUCGGAACAGUGCAAGACAGUAGAUAAUACUCGCCAAAGUGGAAAGAAAAUAUA